UGUGUGAUCUGAUGGCAUCGAGGGUGGCUAUUUUUCCACUCCUCCCUGUUCAAACCUUCAGAGACAAGGGGAUCCACUUCUUUUAGAGCAUACCAACCCGUGUGGGACAGGAGGAGAAGGAGAAAAAGGGAAAAAAAAAGGGAAUUAAAAAAAAAAAGAAAAGGAUGAUUGUCUGCUCUUAGAUAUAUCUCACCUGUAUCCGUCUCACUCUUUGACGUCCCUGUCCUUCCUCACCUGCGACCCUCCCCCUACUUUCGUCUCUGGUCCUUCUAUGUUGAUUUUUUACUGCUUUUGUUCGCACACUCAUUUGUUAUUGUCGAUGAUACCGUGAGUGUAUCAUCCGUUGUAUCCGGUGACAUUUAUCAUUAUUGGCGUCGCCGUCCUUACUACCUCAUUAUCGCGUACCCGAUCAUUAACAGCCUUUCUACUUGCCAUUCUUUCUUAUAAUCAACUUGAUAUCCUUUCAGCUUCGUCCUGCUCUAUCUUGGAAACGGUUAGUGGAAGAGACUAUGUACGACACCGCAGGGCCUAUUCGUUUGGAUUAUAUCAACCAGCAGCACCUACCACGGCGGUACGAGUCGGACGAGGAGGAUAUCUCGGAGUCUGAAAUGGGUGGACACGACCAUGCUUUCUCUCCCGUGGAGGCUUAUGAGCCAUCAAAUUCUGACAUCAACGAGUCCGAGAUUGAGAGGCCCGGCUUUCCUCGACUACUGCCUACAUAUUCAUCCUCCGGGAAAACGUCGCGCCCUGUAUCAAUGGACACUAUCAAACGAAGCAGUGCUACGACAUUCGUAGCCGACUCGUACAUUUUUGAACAUGAUGACGACGUGAUCAUUGAGCUUCCGUCCCCGGACGCUACAUCUCCCCUGCAAUCUCCCAUCUUCUUGCCUCCAAGUGUAUAUGUUCCCUCGGAAUCCCCUGUGUCGACGAGACCUCAAUCGCUCGCCUCGGUGUCCUCGGCAUCGGUGUAUUCUGAUGAUGAGGAUUCGGGCCUGCUCGUAGCGGAGCAGGUCAAGAUCGUUGAACCAAUUGCAAAGCCUAAUCUAAUCCUAAUCAGCCCAGUCUCCGAACACCCACCCUCCCCUUUGGAGGACUCGACUCCUACACCUAAUACUACCAAGGAUCAUUCCAACGAUAGCGGCUCUCAGGGGUUGUACUCGCAUCGACGGGCAGCAGCUUCUCAGCCUUUACUAUGGAACAAGUGGGAUCAAACCCCCACGAAGAAGGAAGCGUUAAAACGGGGCAGUAUGCUCCUGACUACUCGCGAUCUUGAGCAGCUACCCAUGGUGGCAUCGGGCCCCAUCGUCAGCUCACCACUCGAGGUGCAUGAACUGCCCUCUCCGAUGACACUUCCUAUGCACGGGAUGACAUUCCCACGCCCUGCAACUGCUGUGUCGGAAAAAGCGUCUUCAGAGAUGCAUUCCCGUCGUCCUACGGAUAUUCUCCGCCGUCCGCCAUCAAUCAAGAGUUUGAGCAGCGCGAGUCUUCCGUUCUUUCACAGCCGUCAAGCCCCUACCAGCGCUGAUGCCGACUCUCGGACGAGGUCGAUGUCUUACACUCACUCGAGUGCCAAAUCUGUACAUGGAUUUCCAUUGCAGUCCAGUUGCCCGCCAUCUCGUCCCGCCAGCCCUUCUCCAUAUUAUUCCUCACCCUCUUUCACUCGUGAACGAUCUGGCUCCACCUAUAGCACUUCCAGUUAUAGUCGCGCCCCCACACCACUCCGACAACCCUUGAAGAAAACCUCCACGUCCUCGAGCAUCUACUCGUCCAGCAGUCUCCGGUCUGAGGUCGAGAGCGUCCGCAGUCUGGACCCACGGGAUGUGGCGGAGACCGAUUUCCAGCAGAAAGUUAAGCGAAAGAAGAGUCUACGACGCAUCCGGCAGUCCACCGUCGAGUCUUUCGACCCGUCUGGGAAAAAGAGCUUCAUGGGGUUUAUGUUCGGAUCCAAGCGGAAGUCCACCAUCAAAAGUCUUAAUGCUUAAUUUCAGCACGUUGCAACGACACGUCUGGCUUCUCUCCCUGACCUAAUUUUACCCUCCUUUGGAAGAAUUUGUUCAUUUUGAUACCUCUCCUUAUUUUCCUGUCAUUAUUUUUGGUUUCCCUCGUUAUACACGGAUUGUGCAGCGGUUUUCCUGUUGAGCGUUCAAGGCGUUGGGGUUUCUGAUUUCGUCUCAUCAUUCUACGGCGGCGGCUUUCUUGGCUUAAUUUUUUUUUUGAACCUGAUUCUCUCACACUCUCCAGUUGAUAUGGAGCGCAUCCACCUUGAAGACAUUUCAAUUCCUGUAUCAUAAUGCCGAAGACUCAGUUCAUUGACGGUACCUCCUGGAGUGGGCCGAACGGGGCCGGUUAUACUCAAUACCCAAUUGGAUGCAAAAAUUUACAGAAGUUGAAUUC